AUGGAUUUAGACUCACUUGAAAUUGCAUCUAAUGUAAAACAAUUUGUGUUAGAACCAUUAUCAGAUAAAGAACUUGGACUUAUUAAGAAAGUCAAUGAAUUAAUUCAUGGAUCACCAACAGAUAUUAAUAGAGGAUAUCAAUUUUUACAUGACGGAAUAACCCGUCCACCAUUUGUGCAAUUACUACUCAAAGUAAACCCAGCAAUGUAUCUCUAUCCACUUCAAACGAAACCCAUUGGUGAUUGUACUUCGAUUAUCAAUUUAUUAUUAAGUUUUAUCUAUCAAAUGCUUCAAACUGUACCUAUUGAAUACAGUGAUUUAUUAAUGAAUCCAAAGACUAAUUUAGCAAUGUCAUUUAGUAUGUUAUUAAAUGACCAUACAUUAAUUGGAACACACCAACUUGCAUUAGAAGUAUUAAAUCAAUUACCCGUCAAUGAGACAUUAAUUGAACUUAUUGAGCCUUUAUGUAAAUUAACUACAACUCAAUACAUCUCUCUUAGUGUUCAAUUAUUAAAAAGGAUUCUAACAACAAAAGAAACUUCAAAUUGUUUUAUUCAAUUUAAAUGUAUGAAAUACAUCAACUUAGCUUUAUUUACUCCUAACUCUAAUGAGAAAAUGUCACUCAUUGAAGUACUUACUGCCUUGUUUAAAGGAUGUGAUGAUUCUUCCAGAGUUACAAUUGCCAAAGAAGCUAUUGACAAUGACAUACUAAAACAUGGAUAUUCCAUUCUUACAUAUGGUUCAUUAGAAAUGAAGACAGCAUUCAUUAAAUUUAUUGUCCAUUUAUCAUAUGCAGAAGAGGUACAAGAAGAUAUAAUUAAAAGUGGAGUUCUUCCUUUGGUGAUACCGUUAUUAGCUGAACAAGACAUCAAAACAAUCACUUCAAUUAUAUUAUUGAUACAAUCAAUGACUGAAAACCAUAAAUAUAUUGAGGAAUUUACAGGAAUAGGAUUAGUGUCAUAUAUCAGAAAAAUUCUUCAGAAAUACCCAGAGUCAUUAGAACAAAAAGUGGUUAUUGUGAUAAUGAAUACAUUAUUGAAUAUCAGUACAAAUGAAAAGAUACUAGAAGAAUUCAUAUUAUUUAAACUCGAUGAGACUAUUGAAGACAUUUUGAAAAACCAAGUUGUUGAUCGUGUGAAAGAGCCUGGUACUACAAUUAUAACAAGAAUCAAAACAUAUCGCAAUCGUAUAAAUUCAAUUAAUGAACCUAAUUCUCAAGAACAAUAUGAAGCACAUGAAUUUUUAGGAAGAGUAAUUAAUGUUUAUAAAUACAGAUUACAACACAUUGACGAAACAAGUCAAGAAGGGAAAUUGAUUAAUAACCGAAUUGUUGUUUUAAAAACUAAACAAAAUUUCUUUGUUCAACAAUAUAACAAAGACUUUGAUAUUAGUAGUUUACGAUUUGACAAUGUUGAAACACUAAAUUUGGACAUGUACUUGAAUGUGUCAGAAUCAGUAGAACAUUGUAACGAAGUAUUACCUAAACCAAGAAUAGAGAUUAUUCAAAUGAGUGGGAUUGAAAUGCAAGAUUUGGAAGAAUUCUACUCUCAUCAAUUAAAUACUAUUAUUAAGAAAAACACAGAAACAUAUGUCUUUAAAUCAGAACAAAAAUAUUUGAAUAUUAUUGACCAGUUUGUUAGUGGAUUAAUUGAUCCAUCAAGUGAAAUAUGCAGUACAUCAGAAAAACAAACAUAUUUUAAUGUCAUUGAAAAAAUUCAAGCAAUUAUUGGUCAAAUUCAAGAAAAUAUUCCUGUUGGUUCAAAGUUUGAUACAUUUUUAGAAAAAUACUUGGAUGGAUUAUCAAGUAAUGCUUUGUAUAAAACAUAUGCAAUCUUUAUCAAUGCACAAGAUAGAAAUACAUUUGAAUAUCCAAUAAAAAUAGCUGAAUUAGUUGAUGCAUAUGAAAAAGAAGGAAUGCAGGUAUUUGAUGUGAUGGCAAUUGUAUAUCAACAUAUUAGAAUGCUUCAUGACUAUUUUGAUAUUCUUAUAUACACCCACAAAUAUUCUCCAUAUAUUCAACUCAUAAAAAAUUGUAAAGAAAAAAUGAGUGUAGGACAAGGAGCAAUGAAAACUAUCAUUGAAAAUGUCAAUAUUAAUUACCUUUCAGUUUCAUUAAAGAAAAUAAGUAAUGAAUAUAAUGCUACUGUUAAGAAGUUUGAGAAAGUGUUGUUGAGGUAUCAUGGAUUAUAUUGGGUUACAAUGGUUUUAGUUGAUAAUAAUCUUAUAUUCCUCACAAAAAUGGAUAAAGGUUAUAAAAUAAAUCAAGUGUUUGAUGUGACUAAGAUGGAAUUAAUUGGUGUAAUGCAAAGUGAAAGAAACAAUAAAGCAAUAUUUACGGUUGAUGGAGAAUCUUCAGAUAUAAUCUUUUUCUCACCUCAACAAUUAUUUGAUUGGAAGAAAGUAUUUAGUGAAAUAAUUAAAGGAACUAUAUAUUAA